AUGUGGAGUGACGUUUUAGUCCACCCCGGAGAUUUCGUCUUCUUCGUUGGGCAGACCCUCGUCUUUAACGCAUCCCUCUCGGGGAACGGCACGGCAGAUCAGUUCCUAUGGAGAUUCGGUGGGAGCGACCAGACAACAACCUCUACCCCAACGACCACGUGGUCAUUCGCCAUGGCGGGAGAAUUUGCAGUCAGUGUGGUGGCAGCCAAUCAGAUUUCAUACAGUAACAACGUGACCUGGAGUUUUGUUAUAGUUGACCCGGACAAUCUUCCGUGCAAUCCAUCUCUAGCCCGAAUCGCUGGCCGAAGGACCAACGACUCAUCCCCAGUGAGUGUCCCGCGCCAUGUGCCCGUAUCAUUCCAAACCAACACACACAUUGAAUGUAACAUAUCGAUCUCCGUGCAUAAUGAGUGGACUGUGCUGUCAUCUGAUUCCGGCGGCACCGAGACCGCCGUACAACUCCCGCCGACGAUCGCGUCGGAUUCCUCGGUGAUUGAUCUCCCAAAAGGAGUACUCGAACCCGGACUUUACGUACUGCAAAUUGACGUGACGGUCGAGGCAGGCGGGCACGGCUAUGUGGUCGGGAGGGAGUGUGAUCGCCUGUGGGUUCGAAUGCAACCGAGUACACUGAAGGUCUCUAUCGUCGGAGGAUCUGCUCGAUCAGUCGGAUAUAGCUCUUCCAUACUACUGGAUGGUUCCGGUUCCUAUAAUCCGGAUAAUCCAAGUGAUCCGACAGGAGGCCUCAGGUACGCAUGGUACUGUUCAAAGGUAGAUGACAUCAACCAAGACAACCAAGAACAAGGUGCACAAUAUUUAGCCGAUUCUUGCUUCGAUAUCGGGUAUCGUCUCCCUUACAGCGAGCCAUCGAUCGAAAUGCUUGCAAAUAGUCUGGUGCCUGGUGACAUCUACGAGUUCACUCUAACUGUGAGUUUACAGGGACGAGACGAUGUCUCGAAAUCUCAACGCAUCACCGUGGUGGCGCAAGAUCCACCGAUUCUAAGCAUUAGGUGUCUGCACAACUGUGAGAACAAACUCAGCAUAGGAGAGAGGGCUGUACUCGCUGUGUCUUCAUCCACCCCGUCCGUCAGUUACCACUGGGAUAUAAUCUCACGAGAUCACGUCCCUGAUGAGGGUUUCGAUUGGGAAAGGAAGACGACGACCGGUCGGUUCUCGUCUUAUCUCGCGAUAAUCGGCGGGACCUUCGAAGAUGGAGACUACAGUGAUAGAACGAUCAGGGCUACAGGUUCACAUCCCGACAGCCCGCCCGGUUUCGCCGACUUCACCUUCGAGCUGAACGCCCCGCCCAUAAUCGGUACCUGCGAGUUCACCCCGAACGAGGGGUUCGCACUGCAGACGCACUUCGUCGUGGACUGUGAAGGUUUUUGGGACGACGAGGGGUAUCUGAAGUACACUGUUCGCAUUCCAGGGGCAGCCGAGAAAACGGAAGCGUCUCUACAUUUCCUAGACCCUGUGCUUUACAGCGGGGCUGACUCCACCGCACCCCCAGUCUACCUCCCCCUUGGUGAUCACAACAAUGGAUACAUCUUGGGUAUGGUCGUGGACGUAGCGGACAUACACGGAGCCACAGUGCAGUUCAAGAUGAACGUCACGGUCCAUCCUCCUGAGUCCCUCUCCUCGGGAAGUGACAUCGACACCAACCGGAACCUGUUGAACCUGACGAGCGGCUCAGACUCGGAGCUUCUAGACGUUAUCGCCAAGGGUGACUUCCAGACGGCCGUGCAGAUCAUAGGAGCUGUUGGGUCUAUCCUCGACAGCGAGGAUGUCACGGGGGACGAUACGGAGAGCCGACAGAACAAGGCACUGCGUGAAGAGAUCCGCAGUUCUACGGUCAACACGAUUGCUGACAUGCCGGUAAAUUCUGUGAUCUCACUGCAGCAGACUUCGUAUGCACUAGUGGCUAUAACACAGGAUGAAACCGAAGUUACACAAGAAAUCCAGCUGACGGCAGCAACAAAACUUGGCAAAAUGGGAGCUUUCCUCAAGAAGCAGUCCGUGGAGAGAACGGAGUGCGAGAGCUGCCAGAGUUCAAUAGACGCAGCAGCCUUGAAUCUCGUCUCAGGCUUAGCGAACAUCAUCGACGCAGCAGUGAGCAGCGUGGACGAACUCCAAACAACUAAAAAAGUGCCAGUUACGAAUGAAACAAAGCUGGACGAUGAGGGCGCUGACGAUGUUAAUGCGACCAAGGCGAUGAAAAGGGAAGUUCUGGAGAAGAGUAAGGUCGUUGCCAAGGCGACUUUAGCAGCCAUCGAAGAUGUCCAAGACGCCCUCAUCUUCAGCAAAGUGCCAGGCGAACAACCAACAGUGAUCCAGUCACCAGCACUGACUCUGACGUCACAACGGCAGGAACGGGACAGCCUUAGUAAGGUGGCAAUAGGGAUGACGGAGGAUCAGAAUAUCGGGUUUAUCUUACCGGAGACAACGGGGAUAGAUUCGUGUCUUCCCGCUAACUACACCGAUGCUAUCGAUACACAGAUGGUGCAGUUUGCCACCGAUCCUUUUGUCUGGACCGAGGGGAAGGAGGUUGUCACAUCGGAAGUGGUUGGACUACAGUUAAAAACGGUAGACCGCCAGGAAAUCAAAGUUCGCAAUCUACCGCAGGCGAUCCAGAUAUUUGUUCCCAAGCGCACAGUGGCCCGCAUCAACUACACGGAGAUUAACAUGAAUCGCAGCGCAACCUUUGCCAUCGCAUUCGGAUUCACUACCACAAAUAACGCCACCGUUAGUGUCGUGGUACUGCCUUCAGAUCCGGACACCCAGCUCACGUGCUGCCUCCGAUUCCAGGGCAAUAGUUCAGAGGCAGCGGGCAAUAUCACCAGGGCCGACUGUUAUAUGAACGCCACUCUGCCGUUGGGGGAGUCAGGGUACCGACUCCCUACGGGUGACGAGGAGAGGGCACUGAGGCAGAGUUACACGUGGAUGAUCGACGGGACCCAUUUACAAGAGAAUGGAAUCUACCAGGUUUUGUGUUCGGUGGAUGAAUCUACAGCUACGAGCGACGAUGAAGAACCGAGUCCUGACGAGACGAUCACUAUUACGACGGGAGUCUACAGCUCACAGUGCUUGUUCUGGGACGAUGAUGAAGAAAUGUGGGGUACCAUGGGAUGCAAGGUCGGUCCACUCUCCUCCCCUGACGUCACACAUUGUCUGUGCAUUCACCUGACGUACUUCAGCUCCAGCUUUCUCGUCAUGCCCAACAAGGUGAACUUCUUGGAGGACUCCAAGCUGUUCCUGACGUUCCUGGAGAAUCCCGUCGUCGUCACCACAGUCGGUUGCAUCCUGGUGGCCUACGUGCUGGUCGCUGUCUGGGCUCGCAAGAGAGACAAGGCAGAUGAACUAAAGGCAGGCGUCAUUACCCUCGCAGACAACGACCCCUUUGCCCACUACCGUUAUGACGUCACCAUCGUGACGGGCAUGCGCAGGGGAGCCGGCACCACCGCCGUCGCCACCCUGACCCUGGUUGGUUCAGACGGCAAGAGCCGACCUCAGCUUCUUGCCGCCCCGGGUCGUCAGGUCAUGCAGAGAGGCAGCGCAGACUCCUUCAUUAUCACGACACGGGAGAGCAUCGGUGAAGUGACGGAGGUCAGGAUCUGGCACGACAAUGCCGGAGACAGUCCAGAAUGGUACGCAAGUCGCAUCACCGUCCACGACCUGGAGCUUGACGAGUCUUGGUUCGUCAUGUGCAACUCGUGGCUGGCAGUUGACAUCGGCGAGGGCCUGAUAGACCGCACCUUCCCAACAGCAAGUGCGGAAGACUUGAAAGACUUUAAGCAUCUGUUCUCGACGCGUGCCACGAAGGACUUCCAAGAUGGUCAUUUGUGGUUCUCUAUCUUCAACCGUCCACCGAAGAGUCACUUCUCCUGUCUGCAGAGAGUCUCCUGCUGCCUGUCACUCCUGAUGUGCGUCAUGCUGACCAGUAUCAUGUUCUACGGUGUUCCUAACGAUCCGACGGAACAGGUCAUGGAUCUCGGAACGUUCCGGAUUACGUUCACCGAGAUCCUCAUCGGGAUCGAGAGCUCAAUACUCGCCUUCCCGAUUAACAUGCUUAUCGUGGCGAUCUUCAGGUACUCCCGGCCGGCUCGGCGGACCUCGAAGCCCAGUGAGGUUAAGAGGGCCGUGGACACAAACCACAAACCGUCCACUGAGAGUCGUGACGCUCCACCUGUUCAUCAAGACGACGUUCACCUAUCCUAUUCCAACAUCGAUGAAUUCAGUCCCUGCACGCCGUACUCGAGCAUCACCUCGGACACAAUAAGCAACAAGAGCAGAUCACCCUCUCAGACCCACUCUUCAAAUCAACACUUAUUGCCCAACUCGUCACUAAACACCCACGACAGACUGACCACCAACAUGUUCCUGUUUUCCUACUUGGACGAGGUUGUGGAUGCUCUUGACGUACUACCCCCGGAGAAAUUCCCAUCUGCCGAACAAUAUGAGCGCGCUCGGCGGGAACUACGGUCCAUAGUUCUGACGACAAUGACUGUACCCACACCGAGUUCGUCAGCUGUCACUGGUAGUGGCGACUCCAAACUGGAGUCGCAGAAGGGACGCUGUUCGUGCACGUUUCUUCCAAACGGUCUUCCUCACGGCUUUAUUUAUAUAGGAUGGUUUUUGGUCAUCUCAACCACUCUGGUGUCGUCUUACUUCACCAUGCUGUACGGGCUCAAGUACGGCAAAAAGCGCUCCAUUGAUUGGUUAAUGUCUCUAGGAAUAUCGCUGUUUCAGAGCAUCUUCAUCACGCAGCCGAUGAAGGUGCUGCUCCUUGCUGCUUUUGUUUCCAUGGUAAUGAGGGAGUGGGAUGCAGACGAGGACGGCAGUGACGACAUGGAAGACGUUGAAAUCGAAAACGCACAAGAAGUCUACCACCAGCUUCUUCGCAAGUGGAAAGGCGCACGCUACAGGCCGCCGACGGCAACUUCGAUGGAGUCGUGCCGUAAACGUAAAGCAUUGGAACGGAAGAUGUACGCCCUCUUGCGAGAGAUCUUUGGCUACAUUAUGUUCAUGUGGUUGGUGAUAGUGAUUGCGUACAACCAGACGGACCGACACGCGUAUCUCCUCACCCAGAAUAUUAAGGAUGUAUUCUUCAGCAGUGAUGAAUUUGAAUCGGUGACCAAUUACAACGGGUUCUAUGAAUGGGCGGAUGUGGAUCUGGUACCUGGACUCUACCAAGGAGACACCACACCUAUACCAAUGUCAUUUCUCAUCGGAGGAGUCCGUCUACGCCAGCUGAGAGUCCGUGAAGAUGUCUGUCAGGUCAACCCGUCCUUUUUCGGUAUCAUUGAUGGAUGCCUUCCCAGCUACACUUCAGACAGUGAAGACACCAACUCGUACAACGGGUCGUGGCGUCUUCACAACGCAAUACGGAACUACUCUGCCAACUCGGCCGUCAACAAACUCGACCCAUGGGCGUACCAAGAGAAGAUAUUCAGCACCAUCUGGGGUCACAUCACAUCCUACGGCACUGGAGGGUACGCGGCGAGUCUAGGACUGGAGGAGACGGAAACCAGAUCAUUUCUGGAGCGCUUGAGAGUGGGGCGUUGGCUCGAUGCCCGCACGAGGGCGCUCUCGGUGGAAUGGACGGUCUACAAUGCAAACACAAACCUCUUCGCGGUGAUCCGGCUCUUGGUAGAGAUUCCGUCCAGUGGGGGCUUCAUCAAAACAACACUCAUCCGGACGGUCCGAUUCUACCGGAACGUUGCAGGUUACCAAGUGUUUGUUAUAUUCAUCGAAAUGUUGUUCUCCAUGUACGUGGUCUUCUACACUGCCGUUGAGGUCAUGAAGUUCCGGAGGGAGGGGCGUGGCUAUUGGAAAUCCGCUUGGAACUGGCUGGAACUCUUCAUAAUUUUAACAUGUCUAUGGAUCAUCGUAGUCUACAUCUACAGACACGUCUUCACCGAGAAAUUAUUCGCAAUCUUUCGGACCCGUCCGGGCGACUUCGUCAACUUCCAGGACGCAGCGUCCAUAGCGGAAACCUUUAGGUAUCUUCUCGGUCUACUCCUGAUCCUAUGCACGGUCAAGUUCCUUCAUCUGCUCCGACUCAAUCCGCGAACGUACCUCCUGACGGCAGUGCUAAGCUCGGCGGCCAAGGACGCCCUGGCGUUCGCCGCGUAUAUCGGCCUUGUCAUGUGUGCGUUCGCGGUGCUCUUCCAGCUUACCUUCGGGACGCACACGGCAGCGUACAGCACGAUGGCGUUCGCUUUCGAAUCCCUCUUCAUUUUAUUUCUCGGUGACUAUGAUUUCGAUGAGCUUGCCGCUGUUGACCGCUACAUGACUCCCAUCAUGGUUUUCACCUUCCAGGUCGUGGCCACUUUCUUAUUCUUGAACGUACUCCUGUCUGUGUUGAACAACAGUAUGUCGUACGUCAGGCGAAACCAGGAGCCCUCCGAAGACGGAACUAUCGGUUUACUUUUACUUUAUAAAAUUCUAUCAUGGUUUGGAAUCAAACACAAAACUGAGAUUUAA